GGAAUACUGUGAUAAUGUUGCGGCAGCUGACAAGACAAGACUCGUACUUCCUUGUGAGGUACCAUUGCGACGGCAAGCUACAGAUUCGCACAUCAGGGUUUUUCCAGACAACCGAUGAGUGCGAAGUAAAGUCGACGAUUCCAGAUCAACUGGCCAUGGAAGGGUGGACUUCUCCAUUGAAGAAGAGAUCGUGGCCGGUAUAAUAAUUCUUCGCGAUCGAAAUCCCACCAACUGGACGGAAUACCGGGGGGUGUGGAAAGCACAUUCGAGAAGGAGAACAGGCCGCCAAAAGAGGGUCAACCAUCCUCUUCAACAGCCACCUGCAGCAUGCAGAAAUGCUCCCCACCUGCAGCUGUCACCACGGAGCCAUGUUCCAGUGGCAUAUCGAACGGGAAUGUACUAUACGAGAUACUCUUGGAGUCGGAUGUUUCAACAGGAGUGACACCAGAGAAAAACAGAGACUGCCGUCGGCAAGACUGUGGCACAAGUUAUGAGUUGGAGACCUCAUACUUCCGUUAUCUCCCAGAACCAGCGCAAGAAGCCUCCUCAACGUCAACGGAGUUAGUUCAACUUGGAGCGAUUUCUGUGCCACCUGGUACAGAUUCUCAUGUACCCGAAACGCCGGAACCAUUGUUAGAGACGACGUCAUCUUCAACUGGAGGCACGUUCGUUCCACCUUCAAUGGGAUCGACCUCAGAGCAGGUUGAUCUCCACCACUCCCCGUUGGAGCGACAUAUGUGCCGCCUCCCGUUGAAGAGACUGUUGUGGGCGAGGUUCAUAGGCAGUGGAUGUCUGGAGGCACAUUCAUUCGUUCAAUGGGACCGACUUCAGAGCAGGUUGUUCCUCAACCACUCCCUGUUGGAGCUACAUAUGUGCCGCCUUCCGUUGAAGAGACUGUUGUGGGAGAGGUUCUAGGGCCGUGGAUGUCUCUGUUAGCAGAGCCACUAUCUGUCACUCCAACGGGAGCAGCAGUAUUGUUGGAUCUGUCAACGACGCCAAUUCCAACCCGGACAUCAUUCCUGGCAACGCGGCCCACCCAAACCGGAUCAAUGACGUCGAUCCUGAAUCAGAUUAUUGAAAUGCAAAAGACCAAUUUGCGAGAGCAGGAAAAGCUCCGGCGGCAGGUCGAGUUCUAGACUAGAGGUUACGCGUUGCUGCUGCUGGAGAUGGCCUCAAUGAAAGACCUGAUGUCGUCCAUUGUCAUGGGCUUGUACAAUAAUGCUGCUACUUCAACAAUACAGCCUACAGUGGCGCAUCCCACAAUAGAGUAGCCCAUGAUGGCACAGCCCAUCGCUGCACAGUCCACAACUGCGCAGCCCACAUAUGUGCAGUCCACAUAUGUGCAGCCCACAUAUCCACAACCCACAGCUUCGCAGCCCACAUAUCCUCCUCGUCCUGAAAGUGAGGCUAUUGCCUGUCAUGCCUUACUUUCAGACGAGGAGGUAAGGAUGAUUUGACAAGCUUCCCAUGGCCCGGGUAAUUUCGUUGCUCGCCUGACAAAACGGCUGUAUCCUUAACUGUUCACGGCCGCCAACGUGAGGCUCCACUUCAACUACCAAGGUGGCGGCAGGGACAAAAAACAGGCACUGAGCCCUAGACGGAAGAGCGCCAUAAGAAUGUAUGUUAUUCAUCACUUCCCAAGCAUGAGCGACGAACAGAAUUGGGGACACUAACUGAAGGCAUCAUCAAAAUGAAUGAACUACUAAGGCGCCCAGCAAGACGAAUGAGAUAUAUAUAUAUUGCAUCACAUUGAAAUCUUAGUAGUGUUCUUUCCAAUUACAAAGAUGCCACUAAUACAGGUUG